CAUUUUUAUUCGAAGAAUUUUCUUUUUUAAAAAAUUCGAGUUACGCGAACGCAAAUUUACCAAUACAAAGUGAUUAUAUUAGUUUUGCGAUAACUUGAAUCUAGCUGGUGUUCUGCAACGGGCAGACGAACUGGAUUCGAGAUACUGUAAUUAUAAAUUACACAUUUGAAGUUGCCUUAGAUAAUUUUUCCCCAUUUCACCAUAAGAAAAAAAAAAAAAAGAGAGAAAGUGUCGUGGAAAACUGAAAAUUUUGUCGAUAUUGCAAUGAAAUUGAAGUUUGAGGUGCUGGAAAAAUCUUAAUUAAAGUUUUAAGGUCACAGAAUGUUAGAAAAAGGGAGAAAAAAAUCUAUCACCAAGGUUCUAUGAGUCAACCAAGAAAACGCAAAAAAGAAAGAAAAAACAUAUUGAAUUUUUAUUACAAAGGAGUGUCGAGUGAAGCGCUUAGCGACUUCUCAUAACAACGUCAAACAAAAUUGAUUUCAAGUUAAUAUCAGGAUAGAAAUUAAAUCUUGAACAGCUUCAAAGUAUACUCUAAUAGCUUUUCAUGGUGGAAAAAAAAGAAAUGAAAGAAAAAUCUUCUUCCGUCUGUGACCUCUUUAAUAUUUGAUGAUGUUACAAAAGAAAUUAUUAUGCAAAAAGCGUUUCAUCCCCCCUCAAAGUUGCAUGUGGAAAAUUUUCAGUGUAUCCUCGUUUCAUGUGGCAAAAAUAAGUGAAGCAGCAAAAAAAAUCCUUAAUUAAUGCAUUUUCCUCUCUUUCCCCUUCAGUCACAUACACAUUUCUCAUGUUUCUCUUCUUCAGAAUAAAAUAAAAAACAUCAGAACUUUUAUUCAAAAUUGUGCACUCAUUUUUAAUUUUGUAUUUUUCUCUUCUUAUUUUCCCUUCCCACCGACUAAUUUUUUAGUAUCAGAACGAAACAAAAUUAGUGUCUGACAAAAGCAGUGAUCGUAAAUUAAGCGCAAAAUAAAACAAACAAAAAGUAAAAAAAAAGAAAUAGAGAAGAAAGAUGUUACACAUAACAUAAAUAAUCAUGGAAUAGCUAAAAUAAAAUCAAUUCUAUUAGUGAAGCAUUGUAGUGUUUGCUUGUGUGUAAAUUUCAUUACCGAAGGAAGAGAAAAAUUCAUUGAAAGUUCACCAAAAAGAAGAAGAUACGAAAGAAGUUUAAAAAAAAGCAUAGGAAAGCUUAAAGUAUUCAUAUUUCAUUGUACGAACAGGGAUAUAAAGCAUUCGUAGCAAUUAUAAGUUGGGACUUGCUGUCCCGUGCUCGAAGCUAAGUCAUUCCCCCAUAUCACGAUUAAAAGACACAAAAAAGAUCAACAUCUGUAACCAGAAAAGACUGCCGUAACAAUUGAAAAUCAAACAAAAUAUCCGGCAUAGUCGAAGACGAGUGGCGGCCGGAGAGGCCCAUGGUUCAACGAGCCAAUACCACUUCGGAUGCCCCAAGUGCGAGUACCACUCGUAUGGCCUCACUUGGUGGUAUAGGAUACCAAAGCGCGGGAUACAAUAAACUCUUUACCCAGACAUGCACUGCAUGCGCCUUUGAAAUUAAAUUUAAAUAUAAAUUUGAUGACAUCAUGGAAUUUGUUGAUAUUCACCAAUUCUCAUUUGUUUUUUAUUUUAAGGGUUCUGCUGACUCAAACUACUCACAACCAUCUUCCGAUCUGUCGCUGGACGAGGAAAAAGAGUCUCUUCGGAGAGAAAAAGAGCGUCAAGCUCUGGGGCAGUUGGAGAAGGCUCGAACGAAACCGGUAGCAUUUGCUGUGCGAACGAAUGUGUCGUACGAUGGAAGUGUGGAUGAUGAUUCGCCCGUACAUGGCAGUGCUGUAUCGUUCGAAGUAGGAGACUUUUUACACAUUAAGGAAAAAUAUGACAAUAAUUGGUGGAUCGGUCGGCUGGUGAAAGAAGGCUGUGAGGUGGGCUUCAUUCCAAGUCCAGUGAAACUCGAACACAUUCGAAUUCAAGCCUCAGCAGUGCGAUCGUCAAAACUCUAUGCAUCCAAAGCUUCAUCCAGUGGGAAUUUGGGUAUGGCGGCCGCCCCUGGCGUUGAACCGUCAAGGGGCAGCACACCUCCAACCCCCGGUGAUGAAAGCGAUUCAAUGGGUGCAUCGCGUCACGCGAAAACACCGCUGGCAACGCCGCCGACGAAAGAAAAAAGAAAACCGUUUUUCAAAAAACAAGAAACCGCAUCACCAUAUGAUGUUGUGCCAUCAAUGAGACCAGUUGUGCUGGUAGGACCGAGUCUAAAAGGCUACGAGGUCACAGAUAUGAUGCAAAAAGCUUUAUUUGAUUUUCUCAAACAUCGUUUUGAGUCAAGGAUCAUUAUAACUCGUGUUCAAGCAGAUAUAUCAUUAGCUAAAAGAUCCCUGAUGAAUAAUCCUUCUAAGCGUGCAAUCAUGGAACGAUCAAAUAGUCGUUCAACAUGUUUGGCUGAGGUACAAGCUGAGAUUGAAAGAAUUUUUGAGUUGGCUCGAACCCUUCAGUUAGUUGUCUUGGACUGUGAUACUAUCAACCAUCCGUCACAGUUAGCUAAAACGUCACUAGCACCAACCAUAGUUUAUUUAAAAAUAGCUAGCAGUAAAGUUUUGCAAAGAUUAAUCAAAUCACGUGGAAAAGCUCAAGCGAAAAAUUUAUCAGUUCAAAUGGUGGCGGCUGAGAAACUGAGUCAGUGUCCUCCUGAAAUGUUUGAUGUUAUAUUAGAUGAAAAUCAGUUAGAAGAAGCAUGCAAUCAUUUAGCAGAAUAUUUAGAGGCUUAUUGGCGUGCAACACAUCCACCUGUUCGAUCAACACCCAUGCAGCGACCAUUGCCACAAGAAGCCUCUCCGACGAUUGAAAAUCGAAUGGGAACAACCCCACCUGUCGUUCAAGGCGUUAUUCGUAGACAAAUAAGUGCACAAAGAUCAUCAUCAUAUAAUCAGCAGAGUAAUCGACGUUCGGCGAGAUAUCCGGACCGUGAAAAAGACAGAUUAGAUCGAUUGGAACGUGAGAGAGAGCGUAUUCAAGCUCGUGAACGAGACAUAGCGAUGAGCUACAAUUUGAAUGACGAUGAGAUGACAAAUGACCGACAAUAUGUUGGUGGAAUGCGAGACGAAUAUCAAAUGCAUAGAGAUGAGAGACGUGCUAUAGAUAGGGAUCCGCGUAAUCGAGAUCCUCGAGUGGAUCGCGAUAGAACUCAUUUAGACGUAGGCAGUAAUAGUAGACAUUUAGUGAGUAAUAGUAGUAAUUACGAUGAUAGUUUGGAUCUUAUACGUGAGAAAGAGAAAGAAAGAUUCACUCAUCGACGUGACCGCGACGCUGAGUACAGCCCACACAGAGGUAACAGCCGUAGGGUCUUGAAUGCCAAUGCCAUGUAGGAAUCAAGAAUUUAAUAAUCUCGGUAAACAAUUUGCAUUCCCUUUAAUCCUAAAUGAAAGCGAUUGGAAUUCUUUCCUGCGAAUGAAAAUUGUUUAUUGAGAUUUUGUGCAAUGAUGAAACUUAAACUUGAAGAGAAUUAAGCUACAAAGCUGUUUUCACCGUUUUUUCUUCGUCAUUGCACAAUGGUUGCACGCUGCCAGCCGGAACUUAUCGAUGGUGUUCUAUGUAUGUUCUAUGAAAAGCUUUGGAAUGAUAUGAGAUGAAUGAUAAACUCUCUUGUUGCUUAAAUCCAUCCGACAAUCAGCCUGCAACCAGCUUCAAAUCAAUUCAACUUUGAUGCAUUUUUUCGUCUCGAACUAAAUAAGAAUCCUCACGAAGUAGAUAAUGAAAAAGUACUUUUAAGAGCAGCUGAAAAAAAAAUCUUUUGGAAAAACAUUUGAAAACAAUUUCUUGUGAUAAAACAAAUAAAAAUUUACACCGACAAACUUAAAUACUUACAUAUUCGAUAUGAUCGGGAAAUUCUUGAAGUUGAAUUGAUUCCAUAAUUGUCUUCAAUAAUUAGAAGCAAAUAGAAAAAGAAAAAACAUUUUUAAUUCUCUCUACAUCUCUUGUUAAGAAUUCAUUUCGUUCAUUUUAUUUCUCGACGGAAGAACUUAAGCAUUUUAAUGAAGCUCUGAACCCACGCUUUUAAAUAAAAAACAAAGAAAAAACAUU